AUGGACACAUCUACAUCUGCAGCAGAGCCAACUGGCUACCUAGAAGGACUGUACGAUACGUCUCUUUUGGUAAAGUGCGAGCAUCAUGUUGCUCGACAUUUAUGGUUUAGUGAGGAGAGAGGUUCGAAGAAAGAGUUGAAGGUUGCUGGACACAGACUUAAGCUGACAUCGAGGGUUCCACUAGCUCUUCCACAACAAAUGGAGAGUUGGCUUUUUAGGUCUGGGUUAUCUUCACUUCAAAGAACUGUUUUGACAAAGAUAGACACAAACCUAAUAUCCGCAUUUAUGGAGAUAUGGCAUCUAGAGACAUCUUCAUUUCACAUGUCAUUUGGUGAGAUUAGCAUUACUUUGGAUGACGUCUCUUGUGUGCUUCACUUGCCCAUCAGGGGUGUGUUCUUCAGCCCUCAAGAUGUCACUGAAGAGGUUAUUGUUGAACUUGUUGUUGGCUACUUAGGAGUGUCACAGAGUGAGUCACGGGCACAUAGAUCCUUCCAACUGGGCAUAUGCGACUAUAGAAUAUUUGUUGGUGUUGGUGGGUUCCAUAAUUUUUGCCGACAAGACCUUUACGCUUGUCGAGGCACGAUAUCUCUUAUUGUUUACGGACUUAGACAGGUGUUUGGGAUACAGUUGGGGAACAGCUGCAUUGGUUACUGA